AUGGCGUUAAAACCUACCACAUGCAAAGACGCAAUCGCACGUUGGGAAAAAGCGAAAGAAGAGACCGCCGCUGAGGCCAAAGUAAUAGAACUACAAUUUCAAUGGCCACCGAUCGAAAAAAUGGAUGGAGCGCUCUCGACGCUAGUAAACUGCGAAAAACUAAGUUUGUCGUCCAAUAUGAUCGACAAAAUUGCCGGAAUUGCCGGAAUGAGAAAUCUUAAGAUCUUGUCUCUUGGGAGAAACUACAUAAAAUCUUUGGCAGGGAUUGAGACCGUUGCGGACACACUUGAAGAAUUGUGGAUCAGUUACAACUCUAUAGAUAAAUUGAAAGGAGUCGGAGCUCUUAAAAACUUACGCAUCUUUUAUAUUUCCAAUAACACGAUUAAGGAAUGGGCAGAAUUCAACAGAUUACAGGAGUGCCCAGCGCUCAGAGAUCUCGUGUUUAUCGGAAACCCUCUGUGCGAGAAUCAACCUGACGUGGAAACUUGGCGCACUCAGGCAUCCAAUCGCCUUCAACAGAUAACUAAAUUAGAUGGAAUACCUAUUGUUAGAGAUACCGAUUAG